AUGGCGCAAAAUAACAACUCGAUUCAUCUGGAGGAGAAAAGCAGCGUGACUACAAUCGAGGAAACUGACCAAAUCUACGCCGAAUCGACUGGCAGCGCCGACGGCUACCUUUUUCGCACGCAGUUUACGAUUUCGUUGCCCUCCUCGCUCGACGGAGGCAACAGCGAUGAGGAGACGGAGAAAAUGCACGACCGUGCCUUUCACAGCGAAAAUUCCGUCCAUUAUCAGUGCCAACACGAAAAGGAAGGGUUCCUGAGGCACACGAUAGACUUCAAAGAGGAAACCGAGUCGUUGCUCAACUGUCCCGAUUCGAACUCUCCCAAACAAAAGACACGGGAAGCGGUGAAAAGUGACGAAAUUGACAGGCUCAAGGAUGAAAUCCAUCAGUUGAGGAACGUCGGCGCCGUCACGACAGAAUCCCUGUCUGAAGCGCAAGACACCGUGGCCAGGCUCAAAGAGCAGGAACUGGCCCUGAGGACCGAGCUUGACUGCCUGAGACAAGGAGCAGACUGGUCGGUUGAGUUGGCGAACAGUCUCCAGCAGAAGUUGGCCCACGAAAGGUCCAAAGUGAGCUGUGCUGAGGAGGCAGUGAACAAGACCAAAAAGGACAACCGGCGGCUCGAGCGAGAGCUCGAAUACCUCAAGUCUGAUGUGGCCGCUGCCGAGAAGGAGCUCAAGGGCUACAAACUAGGCUACACGAGACUGCAGAAUGAGCUGAGGGAGACGAAAAAUCAGCUUGCCUUGGAGAAAAACCGUGCGUUUACCCUAACCGAUGAAAAGCACUUGCUUUCUCAAGAGAUUUCACACCUCCAGAUGAGCCUAGAUGCUGCAAAUCUAGAGACGAGGCGAGUGCGUCAAGAGAACAAUGAGCUCCAGGACAAAAUUCAGGGCUUGAAAGAGUCGCGGCAACGCUUACAGUCGCACAUGCAAAGCAUCCAGGGCCAGUUUUCCAAAGAGCUCGAUUCGCUGAGUCGGCAGCUUCGCGCGGCUAAGGAUCGAGCCAGCUUGAAUUGCAAGACGGAACUGCGAGAGUGCGAUGAAGAGAAGGGCGGAUUUGUGCGGCAAACGGUACGCAGCAGGUCGACAGUGCGCAGCGUGGUGAGCGGCGGCAACAGGGACUCGAGGGAGGUCCCCGUGCGAAAACUGCUCGAGGAAAACCGUCUGUUGAGGAUGAACAUGAGAGCCGCCGCAGAUCUUAUCGAAAAGUAUUAAUACACAAUUGUGAAACGUGACGUUAAAAAUUGAAUUUAUCUCUCGAUCAGAUCCGAUAGCAAAAUUCACUUCAGAGUUGAUUGUUGAUAUGAUUUCUAGGGAGUCAGCCAGCAGAUUUCCAUUUUCAGCGGUUUAAUUAACCAACCGCAGCUCACUCACUCGAUAAGCAAACGCGAUCCAUCCAUCUUGCGAGUGUCAUUAUAGGAGAGUCGAGCUGCCUCGUUACGCCAGUUUAAGAUUGCCUUAUUCCGCCGAGAUGACGGCAUUCUGCGCUUUCAACAAGGAAGAAAAUUAGCAUGCGGGCGGAUUACUCCUACAAAGAAAAGAAGACUUGACACGUUGAUAUGCGGAUCAAAGUGUUCGCGUUUGAAUAUAUAUACCGACUUUUAGGCUCCAGUUCAUCGAUAAUCUGAGGAAAGCCGUAAUGAAACGAAUAAAUAAGCGCAUUAAAUCUGUAACUACUACAAUUUUGAUUUUCUCAA